AUGCCUCGACAUCCCCCCCGCCCGAAUCUGGGCGGAUAUGGCCUGAUUCAGGCCAACGUGAACCAUUCCCACCAUGCGCAGGAGUUACUCCAGCAAAGCAUGGUGGGAUGGGGGUUCACGUUGGCGAUCGUGGCCGAGCCCCACCGCCCCCCCAGAGACGGCAGACCAUUUUGGGCUGUCGACAAUGGGGCUGCGGGGGACUCGGUCGCGAUGCGAUGGCGGUCGGUGCCGGGAGGUCCCGACACGACUGCCAUCGCAAGCGGUGAGCGGCAUGUGGCCGUUCAAUGGGGGCCCAUCGCGGUCGUGGGGGUCUACUUAAGGCCCACCAAGAGCUUUGCCCCGUUCGAGGGCUGGCUGGAGGACAUAGGACACACAGUCCUGAGUCUGAGUCCCAAGCCGGUCCUCGUUGCCGGGGACUUCAACUCGUGGCACACGAGUUGGGGUUCCCGGCGAGACAACGAGAGGGGCAGGGCCUUGGCUCGUUGGGCGGCGGCGCACGGUCUGGUCCUAGUUAACGAGGGCCGGACCUCCACCUGCGUGCGGACGCAGGGGGAGUCCAUCGUGGACAUCACGUGGGCUACCCCCUCGGCCGCGCGCCUCAUCACGGGGUGGAGGGUGGAUGAGGGCACCGAGACUCUGUCGGAUCACCGUUACAUAACGGUGGAGUUCGGUGCCCUCUCCCCCGUGCGUCGCCAAGAAACACGACCGCGAUGGGCCCUCAAGAAGCUCCAUGAGGACGCCCUGAUGGCCUCGCCAGAGGCCGCCUGCUGGGUCCGGGGAGACCCCCCUGAGACCCGGAACACGGACCCCCUGCGGGAGGCCGAAUGGAUCGGGGCAGUGCUAACAGCGGCGUGCAACGCUGCGAUGCCCCGAUCCAAGUUUCGGCCUCGGCGGGUUGUCCACUGGUGGACGGCGGAGAUCGCCGACCUACGUCGACGCGCCGUCCACCGGGGGAGGGCACUCGCCCGCUGCAGGCGCAGGGGCGGGCAGGCGGCCGAACAGGCGAGGGAGGGCUACCUUGAGGCCAAG